GUCAUCUGUCACCCAUUUCAAUACAUUCCAAUCCAGAAUAAAUAAGUUAAAAUAAUGAUAAAAAUGAUAAAUAAAGUCAAUAAAAACGCAACGUGAACGUGUAAAGUUUAUUCCCGUAACUGGUGCAAUAUGUUAUCGUGGUUUUAGUUAAAUUUUUCUAGUUUCUGUGGUAGUUUUCUACCAAUAUGUUUGCCUCACUCAAGAAUAAAAUUCGCGAAGAAACCGGCAGCGAUUUUAGUAAAUUAACAGCAAAAAUCACCUCUACGACCGUACAGAAAAUUGAUAAUUUGAGAGGAAAAUCGCAUCAAGGAUCCAGUUCAAGUCUCAACUCUAUUGUUUCAUCAGAUGGGUUCAGAGAAGAUGGUCCGAUUGAGCCUGAAGAGUUCAGACGCCGGAUAGCCAAAAUAGAGCUGGAAUUCUCUAGAAAACUAGAGCAGAAGGAGCACGAUUGGCAGGACAUUGUCAAGGAAAAAGAUAGAAGAUUGCAAAAUUUUGACAAGGAAAAAGACGAAGCAUACAAACAAAUAUCAAAUUUGAAGGAGGCAUUACGAAAUGCAGAAGAUCUGAAACAGAAAAUCCUGGAACACAAAGAGAACUCGGAUCAGAUGGAAAACUUUCAGACCGUCGAACUGUCAAAAGUCAAGCGGCUGGUGCUGGAAAAGGACCGCGAGCUGUCGGAAAAAAGUACCGCCCUCAAAGAAGUCACCGGCCAAUUGGAAAAAUUGCGAGCGGAAAUUGGCAGGUUGCGACGGCAAGAGGAAACUUUGAGCGACGUACAGGAUAUAUCGAAAACUGAAAUAAAAGUCGUCAAGAAAAAUCUAGAAAACGUAGAAAGCGAAUUGGACAAGUCCGAAGACGAAAAUGGUAAAUUGAAAAUUUCCGUGGAUUCCGAACACAUGACCAAUAGUAGCCUGAGACAAGUCAUAACGAAAUUGGAAAAAGAAUUAAGCGAAGAAAAAGCGAAUAGCUUGAAUGUACAAAAAACGUUAACAAGGGUGACGUCAGAAAAAAACACUGCGCUAUUGCGCAACGCCGAAAUCUCCCAACAAAUGGAACUAGUCAAACAGGACAUGCGCAGACAGGAAAAAGAAAUGAAAGACCUGUCAAAAAAAAUGACAGCCCUCGAAGACGAAAACGCAUCACUAAAAGACAUUAGAAAUAUCGAGCAAAAACUAAACGGCACCAUUGUCGAUUUGGAAGAACAACUGUCAGAAAAAAACAAGACAAUAAAAAUGUUGCAAUUGAGGCUGGCGGACCUUAAAAAAACCCUACAGCAAGAGUUGAGGACACCAGGAACAGUAAAUUACCACUCCGAUCUGGUGGAAAGUAACGGUACCGUAGCCAUUUUGCAACCAAGUCAAACUUCGCACAAGAAUUUUCCCAGUAUUGUCAAAAGGGACGAGGAAGAUGUCAAUUUUAAAUAUUUGAAGCAUGUUGUCAUUAAAUUUUUGACAAGUCGCGAAUACGAGGCUCAGCAUUUGAUCAAAGCCAUUUCCACUCUGCUGAAAUUCAGCCCUGAAGAGGAGAAAUUGAUUUAUGAAACGUUGGAAUGGAAAAAGUCGUGGUUCGGUAGCAAACCGAAAUUUUCAAAUAAGAAAUCAGUCAGUUUUGCCAGCUGAUAAUCAUUUGUCAAAAUUGACAUUUGACAUUAUUAAUAUUUUGUUUCACUGCCGCAACAGUCAAAAUUUUUGAUUUUUUAUUAUGUUACAGGUGAUACUAGAUUCUUAUUAUUCAACAGUAUUUUCCAAGGAUGAUACACACCUACAGGAUUGCUUAUCAGUUUCAUUUUUUGGUAAUCGCAAUUGUCACCAUUUCCGACGUCAUAAACAGGUCGUCAGCUGCUACGUUAAGACCAGAAAAACGUCACAACUAGUGAUUUGGCGUGGGGGGUUGAGGAUAGGUCAUCCUGUAGUAGUAGUAGUAGUGUGUAUUAUCCUUGAGUAUUUUUUAGGUAAAAACAGUGAUAAGUUGUAAAUAAUAAUUAUUAUAGGCUAUGUUUAAGGCAAUUUAAUUAAUUUAUAUUUAUCUUAAAAAUAAAAGCCAAAUGUUUUAUUAAAAUAAUUUAAUUUAUCCAAGUGACCUGGAUCUUGACAUCAAAGGCGUUUUCAAUUUGUUGAUGACGUCAUCAUUUGUGAACGCAAAAAAAUAGAAGCUUUGCACCACAGUCUUAUGUCAAAAUGGUCCGAUUCGAACUUUUAUAAACCAGGUUCAAUGUGACGUCACUGGUGGUUCAACCUAAGUGCACCAAUUCCACCGCAAAAAAAAUAGCUCAAGAUCAAUCAGAUAUAGGUAAGUUGACCUUGGACCUUAAGUUAAUUUCCUUAUUUAUAUUGUUAAUUAAUUUAUAUUUUUGUAUUUUGCCCGAGGUUGUUUUCGGAAAACUUUCCACUAUUUUUAAUUUGGAAGGUAUUUUGAAAUUCGCUAAAUUCCCUUUGCAAAACAAUUUGAGGUCGUCCAAGGUCAGCUGAUGACCGGGUCGGAGUCGCACGCAUGCGCACACUUCUUCGCCCAAACGUUCGUGCG